AUGAAACCCAAAACGGAUGUUAUUGUCGGCGCAGGCCCAACUGGCCUUGUCCUUGCUCUGUGGCUUCACCAUCAAGGUGUCAAUGUCCACAUUUUGACCAGGCAGACGGUCCGGCCAAAACUUGGGUUGACCGAAGACUUGCUGGCACUCGGGUACAAGCUGCCAGCGUCAAAUCUUUGGGUUGGGGAGGAGCACAAAGCACACAUUCCGCUGCGAGACUUUGGGCUCGAGUUGACUCCGUACCCGUUCAUGCUAAGUACACCGCAAGACGACCUCGAAAGAAUGAUCGAAAAGCGACUUAAUGACGUCAGCAUCCAUGUCGCACGAGGGUCAAAGUUGCAAGGCUUUGUGGGCCACGGGUCAAGCAUCACUGCUACCUUGUUCCGCGAAAUUGACGAGAGCUCAACCACACAUGAGGCGUCAUACAUAGUUGGGUGCGAUGGAGCACAUUCGGCUGUUCGCCGUGGGAUUGGUGCCAAAUUCGAGGGCGAAACAUACAUCUACAUCGCCGACGUCGAAGGCAAAGGUGACGAGCACUUCAACCGCAAAGGGCACAUGGUGUUCACGAACGACACUUUCACCCAGGUAGUGCCGUACAACGAAGCAGGCCAUGCGCGAUUGAGCCUGAGCAUUAGAUCACAUUCGAUGAUGUUAGACCCCAAAUCACGCAACAAUCGCGCGUUCCUUGUUGGGGAUGCGGCUCACAUCCACAGCCCGGUUGGCGGGCAGGGCAUGAACACCGGCAUCAUGGACUCGGUCAACUUGGCGUGGAAGCUAGCAACGGUCCUCAAACCGAACAUGACCAAAGAAGCAAAAUACCAACUGGACAGUAGUCUUUCUCGUAUUGGCGAAGGGACCGUGCAGCCUGACGACCGUCUUCCAUGGGUUGAAAUCAACGAGGUGGACAAUUUUUCUACCUUGCGAGAAGUUUGUUGGCAGCUCCAUAUCUACGGGGAGUCUGUGCCGGAACUUGAAAAGUGGGCCCGGGAGAUGAAUGCGAAGGUUUUUACAUUCGACUGGCACGAUCAAUACGGCAAAGUCGGCCUAGUCAAGAAUGCCGUCUACUUGCUGCGACCUGAUCAGUAUAUUGCGGGCAUUUUCGAAGGCCCCUCUACUAAGGCGGGGUUGGACGAGUACUUCGCUACUCGGGGGUUUUGCCCACAUGCAGGUAGGGAUUAG